GAAUUCUGUCUUUUACCCAAGGUCUAAUCCCAGGCUACGGCCUUCACCUUAAUAAUGUGUAUAAUGGUUGAAUACCCUGAGUACUAAAUGAUUUAGGCUAGUAUAUUGAGUGGAACUGCCCUGGCCAAUCAAGACCAGCUGACAACCCUCAAUUAAUCAUGCCUUACCUGCAGCCCUGACCUUUUUUAUGGCACUUGGCAUAAAUUGAUACACCAACAAUAAGUCUGUUUUUAUCACAAAUGCGAUAGCAGGCACCAGGUGCCCAUCGUUGAAACAAAACCUAGUCUGCCACACAACCUCAACAGCUAUGAGUAUCACUUUAAAAUUAUAACAUUAAGCUUUGGACUAGCUGCAACCACACCCUUAACAAUGUUCUAUAUCCUUUUCAUUUAUCUCUGGUCUGUUUUGAGCUGCACACCAAACAUUGUUUUUAGGUCUUUAGGUCUUUUGUUUAAAGGUGGGCUUUUGCAUGACUAGGCUGUUUGUGCACUUGGAUGUUAUGUGCACCCGGGGGCCUGUACUACAGCUGUCGUCUCUCUGCAAGCGCUUGGACGAGUUGUGGGAGGAGAACGAAGGCUGCGUAGUCCUCUUCACCUGGAUCCAGUUCCUGAAGGAGGAGGCAAUGGGCUACCUGGAAAUUCAGUCCCCUCUUCUGGUGUCCACGCACAGCAAGUCUCAACACGAGAGCAAGUCCAAAGGGUCAAGCACGAACCAGGAAGUUGUUACACAAGAAGAAGACGACGACCCAGACACCCCUCUUGACCCCCGAGCUAUUCUGGAUCUGGAUCCUGAGCAUGACCUUGCCGUCCAGCUGCUUGACUUCAAUGAGGAGCAGUGGCAGAAGGUUUUCAAUGGGAAGAUGUUGAACUGUGGCAUUUGCUUCACGGAGAAACUGGGUUCCGAUUGUCUAUAUUUCAAGGUUUGCAACCACGUCUACUGUAACGACUGUAUGGCCGAGUACUUCACCAUUCAGAUUCGAGACGGAAAUGUCCAGUGCCUUUCCUGCCCUGAACCCAAAUGUACCUCUGUAGCUACACCUGAACAGGUUAAAAAGCUGGUCGGAGAGGCUGAAUUUGCCCGCUAUGACCGCCUCCUCUUGCAGUCCACCCUCGACGGCAUGCCAGAUGUUGUGUACUGCCCUCGCACGGUGUGCCGUACAGCUGUGAUGCUGGAGCCGGAGACCAAGUUGGCCAUCUGCCCAGCCUGCAAGUUCGCCUUCUGCCACGUGUGCAAUAGGGGCUACCAUGGCGUGUCUGCCUGCAAAGCUAAGAUCGAGGAUCUUUUGGCCUUGCGUGAUGAAUACCUCAGUGCCAGCCCCGAUGGGAAGGCGUUUAUGGAACAACGCUACGGGAAGCAUGUGAUUCAGAGGAUAGUCGAAGAGUCCUACAGCACAGAGUGGCUGAAGGAGCACUGUAAAGGCUGCCCUUUCUGUGGGACAAACAUACAGAAGGUCGAUGGCUGCAACAAGAUGACAUGCAGCAGCUGCAAGCAAUACUUCUGCUGGAUCUGUCUAAAUAUGCUCCCCAAGGCCGACCCCUAUGGCCACUUCAGCAACCGCUCCUCGCCCUGUUUCAACCAGCUGUUCCAAGGAAUGGAUGUGGAUGACGCACAAGAUGAAGGCUUUUGGAUCGAUGAAGAUGAGAUCUAGGAUCCCUCACACUCACUUUUUAGUGGAUACACUACCUGCACUUUAUGACAGUGUGCCAGAGUCGGGUUUUACAAAGCUAGCCAAACGAAUAGUUCUCACUGAGUUGAACAAGAAAAGACUUUGAGUACAAGCCAGGCUCGCUUUAGCUAACUUUGUGAGACUCUGCCCUGUUAAAUUCUGGUGUGUUUCCAGAUCAUGUUGCUGCUCCUCACUCUCCUGGCAGUGGUUGAAAAAGCAUGGAUGCUAAAAUACCUUUGUUGAAGUUCACAAAUGAGCUUUUUUCCAGUUUAAAAAAAGAGGUUAAAGUGGAAUGUGAAUGAAGAAUACAUUGUUGUACCCAUUGCAGUUCAGAUUGCAAGUGGCAUGAUAUGUUCAAAACACACAAUCAAUGUUUCAGAUAAUAUUCAUCAUAUCUCCAAAAUGUUAGCUUUGAAAGAGUGUCCUAAGAUAAACAGUCAAGGAAAUUAUGAUUUUUACAUACAUGCAUAAUUGCUUCAUGAAUUAUCAUUUUAAGGAAUUAUAUGCAAAUAUAUGUUUCUGUAUUUUCAGGGUUUUUGUGCUUAAGUAAAUACGAAUUAUAUGUUAUCAA